AUGUCUCGACUGCGAGCUCAAGACUGCAAAUAUGUCGAAAACAUCAUUCCAGACAUCGUCUACUAUGCGAAAAGCAAACUUUUAAAUGCGGAAGGCGGAAACAAUCUUGCAGCUGAGGAAAAAGCGGCGCGGAAAAAUAAGCGAAGCGCACACGUGACCCACACACACCGGGCGGUCCCUUCUCGCAUUGAAUCUUCAUCCAACUCCACCCGUUGA